CAGAAAAAAACGCAUUACUUGCAACCGUGCAAAAAAAAUUAAAUCGUCAUAGACAUCAAAUUUCAAACGGAGGGGGAAUGACUCAUGAAUCGACGACAGGAAAAGUUAUCGGGAAUUUGCAUCAUGAGAUUGAGUAUUUAAAAAAGGAAGUGGCGGAUGCCAAAACUCAGAUACAUGUAGCGAAAGUUGCUAGGGAUCGGGCAGAUCGACAAGUACAAGAACAUUCCGCAUCACAUCAAACAUUAAGACUUGAAAUUGAUUCUCUAAAACGAAU